AUGGCGAAUAAGUUGCCAAAGAAUGUAUCUGCGAAGGGCAAGAUAAUCGUCCGCCUGAGACGAGUCAUCCACCCCAGAGAUAAAGGGGGAAGAAACAGCAGACGACGAAGAUUCCGUUCAGAAAUAUGCAAAUUCGCAUUCGAGAGAGCCAAAGCUUCCGCCAACAUUCCCUUUGUCACUCCUUGCGAGGCUACAGCGAUAGUGGUAGCUGUAUAUUCUCUCAGGAAGGCUAUGGAAGUCUUCGAUGGCACAAUGAUCUGUGAGUAA